AUGCAGCCAAGGAUAAGGUCGUCCUGGCAAAUCCUCGACCGCGCCUUAAGCUCGUCGAUUUUGUCAACACAUUGCCCCAACAUCAUCAAUCGGACGUCCAGAACCACCGUCCUGUCCUCAUUAUCAAACUUAUCAUCAUCCUCGUCAUCCUCACCACUCUCUCGCUAUACAUUUCCUUCUUUUCAAGUCCGUUACGCCUCCCACGCUACUCAAGGUCGCGCCAACGCAAAGGCUCGCGACCCAGCGGGUAAACGUCUCGGCGCCAAAAAGAGCGGAGAACAAUACGUGGUCCCCGGAAAUAUCAUCUUCAAACAACGAGGCACAAAAUGGUUUCCAGGCGAGAACUGUGGCAUGGGUCGGGACCAUACGAUUUACGCCACUGAGGCGGGCUAUGUCAAAUACUACCUUGACCCGGAGCUACAUCCCAAAAGGAAAUAUAUUGGAGUCUGUUUCGACCGUGACGGAACCCUACCAACACCGCGGAAUGCGCCAACUAGGCGUCGUUUGAAUAUGGUGUCUGUUCCGCGAGUUGAAGUCGCUGGUAUGCAUACAGAAAUUGCUGCGGAGGUGGACGAGGAUACCACAAGAGUUGUUGGCGUGGAGGGUGCUGCCCGACAAAGUUUGCCCGCAGCCGUUGCCAAUCUACCUCUGCGUCCUGGAUACAUGUAUCGUGAGGCCAAUUGGCAGAUUGGUAGAGCGGCUGAGAAGGCUGGUAUCACUGCCAAGCGGUUCAACCGCAAAAACCGAUGGUUGGCUUGGAGAAAGAGACAAGCUCGUGCUGAGCGUGCUGCUCAAAUGAAGAGUUUGAAAGGCAAGAAGAAGGCAUCUAAGAAGAGCAAGGGCAAAUAA